CCUGUCACUCCCCCGGGUGACCGGCUGACAGUACACGCCGCCAUGUGCUCGCCUCCCAUGUCACUCCCUCCCCCGUCAGGUGACCCUCCGCUCAUCGCCGGCUCCAGAGCGGGCUGCCUGUUUUCCCGGAUCAUGCAAUCCGCGGCCGAGCCGGAUCACAGAGACGUGUGGAGCGGAUGCAGUGAGAGCGUGCUCGGGGGCGCCGCCUGCCGCUCCAGCUCCUCAUCUUCACGCCGCCCGCUGCCAAUCCAGCUGCCGCCGCUGCUAUAAGGGAGCGUCUGUGGGGCUGCACGUCUCCUCUGCCGGCCCGGAUCAAGCGCCUUCAGCCCGGAGCUAACGUUCGGAAGCCGGAGCCAGCGACCUGCUCGGGCUUUCCCCGGGUGUCCUCCCCCUCCAGCUGGCUCUCUGCGGGGUGCAUCGAGAUGAACACGUCCUGCUCGGGGUUUGUGCUGUUGCUGCUGCUGCUUGGCACCUGCUGUCUGCACCCGGAGCAAGGCUGGGUUCAUGGGACAAAGACACUUUGUGAUGAGUCCCAUUUUCAGUGUGGAAAUGGACGUUGUAUUACUUCUCUGUGGCGAUGUGAUGGCGAUGAAGAUUGCUCAGAUGGAAGUGAUGAAAGUUCAUGUGUAAAGAGAACCUGUUCAGAGUCUGAUUUCGUGUGUACCAAUGGCCAGUGUGUCCCACAGCGGUGGCAGUGUGAUGGAGACCCAGACUGUGAUGAUGGCUCUGAUGAAACUCCUGAGCUGUGCUAUAUGAGAACAUGCCGAGGGACUGAAAUCAGCUGUGGGGCCAGCUCACUGCAAUGUAUCCCUAUCUCUUGGCUCUGUGAUGGUGACCCGGACUGUGACACUGCAGAGGAUGAAGAGAACUGUCGGAAUGUGACCUGUAGUCCAGCUGAGUUCACUUGCUCCAAUGGUCGCUGUAUUUCCAGUAGCUUUUACUGCAAUGGCCACAAAGACUGCAGUGAUGGUAGUGAUGAAGUGAACUGCACCCCUCCCACAUGUGGGUCUCAUGAAUUCCAGUGCAAGAACUCCUCCUGCAUACCCCUCAGCUGGGUGUGUGAUGAUGAUGCAGACUGUGCAGACCACUCGGAUGAGUCUCUGGAACAGUGUGGGCGCCAACCACUCACACCCCAAAGGUGUGCCUUUAGUGAAAUUCCAUGUGGUUCUGGGGAGUGUAUUCACAAGAAGUGGCGCUGUGAUGGGGAUGCAGACUGCAAGGACAAAAGUGAUGAAAUGAAUUGUCCCUCUCGUACCUGCCAGCCAGAUCAAUUUAAAUGUGAGGAUGGGAACUGCAUACAUGGUUCUAGGCAAUGCGAUGGUGUGAGAGAUUGCCUUGAUGGCACUGACGAAAUCCGCUGUAAAAAUGUCAAUCAGUGUUCAGGAUCCGGCAAAUUCAAGUGCAAAUCUGGGGAAUGCAUCGAUAUACAUAAGGUGUGCAACCAGAAAAAUGACUGCAAAGACUGGAGCGACGAACCUGCAAAGGAGUGUAAUUUAAAUGAAUGUUUGUUGAAUAAUGGCGGCUGCUCUCAUUUGUGUCGUGACUUGGUGGUUGGAUAUGAAUGCGACUGUCCAGCUGGCUUUGAAUUGAUUGACAGAAAAACAUGUGGAGAUAUUGAUGAAUGUCAAAAUCCAGGAAUUUGCAGUCAGAUAUGUGUCAACCUGAAAGGAGGAUACAAGUGUGAAUGCAGCAAAGGUUAUCAAAUGGAUCUUUCAACUGGUGUUUGCAAGGCAGUAGGAAGGGAACCUUGUCUGAUAUUCACAAAUCACAGGGAUAUCCGUAAGUUUGGACUUGAAAGAAAGGAAUAUAUCCAGCUAGUAGAGCAACUGCGAAACACCGUAGCACUUGAUGCAGAUAUCUCUGGACAUGGUCUGUUUUGGGCUGACACUAUUCAAAAGUCAAUAUUUCGCGCCUCAGUUGAUAGCCGUGAUGGAAUAGGAAGCCAUAUAAAAGUUGUAGAUGGGCUCAAUAGUCCAGCUUCCAUUGCUGUUGACUGGAUCUACAAGAACAUUUAUUGGAUCGAUACUGGAUCAAAGACUGUGUCAGUUUCAAACUUUGAUGGGUCAAAAAGGAAAGUGCUAUUCAACACUGGCUUGAAAGAUCCGUCCUCUAUUGCUGUUGAUCCAAUUUCUGGGUUUAUUUAUUGGUCAGACUGGGGCGAACCUGCAAAAAUUGAGAGAGCUGGAAUGAAUGGAAUAGACAGACAGCAACUAGUGACAACUGACAUCCAGCGACCAAGUGGCAUUGUGUUGGAUUUGAUAAAAAGUCGUCUUUACUGGCUUGAUGUGAAGUUGCAUCAACUCUGUAGCGUGGACCUUAGUGGACAAGAUCGGCGGAUUAUCCUGAAAUCUUAUGAAUUUUUAGCUUAUCCUCUUGCACUUACUAUAUUUGAGGACAGGGUCUAUUGGAUUGAUGGUGAGAAUGAGGCAAUCUAUGGGGCCAAUAAGUUUACAGGGGAAGAAUUGGAAACCUUAGUUAACAACUUAAACGAUGCUCAUGAUAUCAUUGUCUAUCAUGAACUCAUCCAGCCUCCAGGAAAAAACUGGUGUAACGAGAGACUUGACAAUGGCGGAUGUGAGUAUUUAUGCCUGCCUGCUCCACAGAUAAAUGAUCGCUCUCCAAAAUAUACCUGUGUGUGCCCUGAUGGCUUGCAACUUUAUGACGAUCGACGGUGUAGAAGAGGUAGUAAAGAAGACCAUACUGCCACCCCUACAGAACUGCAUCCUGGCAAAGCACUUCCAGGGGAUGCCAGUAGUAACACCUCAUUAUACGAGGGAGGUUCCAGCAAGGGUGCAUCUGCAGCUUGGGUAAUUCUUCCCAUCUUGUUACUUGUUAUGGCAGCAACAGGAGCUUACCUUAUGUGGCGUAACUGGCAGCGGAAGAACAUGAAAAGCAUGAAUUUUGAUAACCCUGUGUACUUAAAAACCACUGAAGAGGACCUAACAAUAGAUAUCGGAAGGCACAGUGGCAACAUAGGACACACAUAUCCAGCAAUAUCUGUUGUAAAUACAGAAGACGACAUGUCAUGAGCCUGGCUAUACAUAGUUGGCAUUCAUCAUCCUCAUCCAGUCUACACUGCAUUAACAGGAUAAUUUGGUUCCAGAUGGUGACCAGUCCAGACGCUGAACGCAUCCUGCCCCUUUACUAUGGAAGUGUGAAUAUUUUGUAUGUGACACAGCUGUUAUGAUUGGAACUUGCAGUGGAAACCUUUUUGUAUAUAUUUCUUAAUAAGCUUGUUCAGCUUUUGAAAAGGUUACCAUUUUGUCCAUAGCCCCCAUGCCUUUAUUUAUUUUCAAUAUUUGUAAUCCUUCACUCCCACAUAGGCUAAGUACUGUAUAAAAACACUUUCCAUGAAAGCCAUAUCCCAGCAAUGAAAUUUUGUGCUAUAUAUAGUGAAUUUACCUGUACAUACUUGUAUAGGCAGUUGUACAUAUCCUUGGAGACAGUCACUAUUCUGAAGCACUUUGAAGUCUUUUUGAUUGUAAAUAUGUUUCUGUACACUUUUACACUUUGUUUUUUUUUUUUUGUUUCGACUGGUUGGGGCAAUGGCAAUAGACUAAAAACAAAACGGG